AUGGAGAGCUCGAGAAGUAAGAAUGAUGACAACUUGGGUGUGAAUAGAACCGGUAAGAAAAUUAGAAAAAGUCAUUUACAUGAAAACAACUUUCAUGCUUCCCUUCCUUACAGGCGGCGCCAUCACAAUGAUUACAUAUACACUAUAAGCAAGGAAGAGCUCAAGGACUUUGCUCAAUUUCACACUGGAUUACAUUCUCAUGAUCAUUCAACAAGGCCAAUUUACAAUCACCCGGAAAGGCAAAACGUGCGGUUAAACACAAUCAGACCUCCACCAUUGCUACAUGUUCAAAGGCCACCAAUGCUGGAAGCCCCCUCCCUAGUUCCUUACAAUAAUGAUGUUGCAUUGCAAAGAUCUCCUCCAUCUAUACACACAUCAUCAAGUCUUGUGCCUAAUAUUCCUUCCACAGAAACAAAUGACCCUCCAAUUACAUCUUCAACAUUUGAAUUCAUAUUGCCUUCUUCACCAACCGCUUACAUUAAUCUAGAAUCCCCUAAGUUCUAUUAUCCACCUCCAUCACCAGGAAUGAAAUUUCCAUCAGAAUCAUGUACUCUAGAGCCUCUGCUUUUUCCAGAAUAUCCACCAUCACCAACAGAAAUUCCUGACAUUGCAAGUCCUAGAAGGGGAGAUCGGUAA